UCUCGGGAGGGGGCGCUACUGCUUAGCUAGUACUGCUGUGUCUUGCACAAGCACACACCACCGCCUGCAGCAGCGGGGAAUUUCAACCUCCGAAGGCAUCAUGGCAGCCAUGGAACCCCCAUCUGUGUGCGACGAGGACACAGAGCGACUGUUCGGGAUGGCGGCGAACCACAUGAUCACGGUGAAAGGUGUGGCUCUAUCGUCUGACCAGAGGUUGGAGCUGUAUUCGCUGUUCAAGCAAGCCACGGAAGGCGACUGUGAAGAUCCCAAGCCUGGACUCAUCGAUCUUGUCGGUAGAGCAAAAUGGGGAGCGUGGAAUCGACUCCGCGGGAUGGAACCUGUAGAGGCCAUGAAGUCCUACCUCCUCAAGGUUACGGAACUUUGUCCUGACUGGUUAGCGGAGGCUCAGGGCCAGCCUCCGGGCAAUGCGGGGAUGGUCACCCAGGAGGACAUGAAGAAAGACUUGCAGUGGGAGGGCAGCGACAAGGAAGAGGACGAGAACGGGGCCGGGCUCGGCUUUGGCGUGACCGUCAGUACCAUGGCAACGGGACAGGGGAACACGGCGGAAUGGGGCGCGAACGAGGAGAUUUUCGCGGCUGCCAGCGAAGGGGACGUCGUCCGAAUACGCGAUCUCGUGUCUAGCGGGGUUAAAGUUGACGCGCAGGACGAGGAGGGAAGAACGCCUCUCCACUUUGCUGCUGACCGGGGCCAGUCCUCGGUGAUCUCGAGCCUCCUUGCCCUGGGAGCGGCGGUGGACUCUCGGGAUGCGGACGGCAUGACACCCCUCGCGUACGCCGUAGCCUGCGAGAAUGAGAAAGAGGUGGAGCUCUUGGUGCAAGCCGGGGCGGACGCGAACGCCGCGGACAAUGAUGGCUGCACGCCGAUGUCCUCGGCGGAGGAAAGCGUCAAGCAUCUGCUGAUAAGACCAGAGGGUUCCGCCGCGUGAAACCUGUCCAUCACAGCGCGCGUUGCCGUGUGGAAAGCAGGUCUAUGGCAGAUUGUUGGUAUAUUGUUUUGUGUUCACCGUGACGUCGAGUGUCAGUAUUUUGUGCGGGUACCGCACUGGUGUAGUGCUAGUUGUCCCUGUCUUAUUUGGGGCAGAGGACGUUGUUCAUGGCACCGUUGCGUUCAUGCUCUGCAUGUCGGUUGCUGUUUUGUGAGGUUUGGCGUGGCCUCUUCAAGAGAAAUCGCGUGAUUUCACGGGCGUCCGCCCGUCGGUUGUUUAGUACGUGUGCGUGGAUCGGUUCUUGUUGCGCGUGGAAUGCAUACAAUACGAAAGAGACGAUCAGCACUUUCAUGACCAACAGGCC